AUGGGUACCGUUUUAAGCAUCAGUCCGAGGGAAAGACGUCCGGUUUAUUCGACGGUAUCUGCCGGAGAACUCGCACUGAACAACAUAAGUUACGAACAAUUAAACAAUGCUAAAAAUAAAUCCCUACCACCACCACAACCACCCCAGGUGGUUGGUGUCGCGAAUAAUAACAACAACAACAACCACACAACUUCCAACACAAAUAAUAAUAAUACGAAUCAUCAAAUUCACGCGAAUCAUAUCAAUAAUAAUGAUAAUGCUAAAAUAAUAUCGGAAAAAAAUACGUUAGAAAAAAAUUUUAAAAAACAUUCACUUUUUAUAAACGCAUUAAGUUGGAAAAGAUUUUCCACAGCAAAUAAUAAUAAGAAAAAAUUAGACAAUAAAAAUAAAAAUUUAACAAUAUUUCGACAACCCCUACUCGAUAACAUACAUCCCAUCGUGGAUAAAAAUAAAAACAUUCAUAAAAGCACAUCAAUACCUUGUUAUUACCCAUGUCUGACCGUUUCCAAAACGGUACCAUCAUUGUCGAACCCGGAAGAAUUAGAUGGUCACGUUGAUAUCAACCUGAGAUCGAAUAACAAUUCGAACAACAAUGCAAACACCAACAACACGUCGUCAUCCUUCUGUGAAAAAUUAGGACCGAAAACAAAUCUAUCGAAUAUUCCUCAAUCUCAAACGAGUAGUGCUAUCAGUAAUAGUAGUCAUCAUCAGGUACCACCGAGGAAAACUGUUAUACAGGCAUCGACGUCGGAAUUAUUAAAAUGUUUGGGUAUAUACCUACAUAAUAAAUGUUACAGGUUAAAAGACUUUCAAGCAGGUGAUGCAGUCAUGUGGCUUCGUACCGUUGAUAGAAGUCUUCUUUUACAAGGGUGGCAGGACGUCGCUUUUAUAAAUCCAGCCAAUGUUGUUUUCGUAUACAUGCUCAUAAGAGAAUUGGUCGAAGGAAAUGAAGAAACCGAACACGAAUUACAAAUUUUGGUACUCACUUGUCUGUACCUGAGUUAUUCUUACAUGGGUAAUGAAAUUUCCUAUCCUUUGAAACCUUUUCUCGUCGAAGAUUCAAAGGAACAAUUUUGGGAUCGUUGUUUGAACAUCGUCAAUCGUCUUUCCCGUAACAUGCUUCGGAUAAAUGCCGAACCUGGUUUUUUCACGGAAAUAUUUACGGAGUUGAAAGGUUGCGGUGCGACAGCAAAUUUAAAUCAAGCACUAAAUAAUUUAAACAUACACGGAAAUUACUUUCUUCUAGCAAUGGAAAUUUAA